ACUCUAAAUGGAUGGGUUGUGUUUUUUGUUAACGUAACGUGAUGGAUGUUUGAUUAGUGUCCGUGGCGAGAAGUUUGUCCUCGUGGUGUACCGUACGACGUUCGCUACCGAUUCACUUCCGUGUACAUUUUUGCGAGCACUUCGCGUUUUACGAAAUUAAUCGUCCCGAAUCAUUAAUAAAUUUACUUAAACAUCGACGUAGAAUUUUAUCGUUCUGCUUUACUGGAAUAAAACAUCUUCAAUUAAAUGUUUGUUUUCGGCUAAACUCGUCUCGAUGCACGUUGCGUAAGACUCUUGUCGUAGCCUACCUUAACUUAGCUUUGUUUGCUAGUCACUAACAAAGAGAAACAUUUCAUAGUAACACAUCGCCAAGAACAAAUUAAGUGUGAGUGUAAAGUGUUUAGAUUACUGUCAGAAAAUGUGUGCAAAAGCUGUAAAAGAAGAGUCCGUGGAGGAACUUUGUUGGGCAAAAGAAGAACCUGAGCCACAACGUCAACUACUGGACGGCGUUUGCGACAAGCUUGAAAAUGUGUUACACAGAGCAGUCAUCAGUGAAAAAUAUCAUCGUCCUGAACAACAGUGCCCUGAAUCCCUUUACAAUAAGGAAGAAGAGAAGAUAGAGCCUCUCCAAGUUAAAGAGGACGAGGAGCCAGAGCCUCUGUACAUUAAAGAUGAAGUGGUGGAGGUAGAGGUGGAGACCUUCACGAAGUUGCCAUUCAUUUUUGCACCUUCAAAGAGCGAAGAAGAUGAAGAUGAAGGUCAAAGUGAGGGAAGCAGAGAGUUUAAUCCUUCAAGCAGUUGCUCAAGUCAAUACCGGACAACAGAAAGUGAAGGAUACCACUUUGGAGAAACAGAAGCACACAGCCUCUUCGCACCACUAUCAGACAGUGACGACAUAUUGUCAAACACUCCUGAUGCUGAUGGUGAUGAACAGUGUGAAGACGAUAUGAAAUGUCACACUGACAGCAAGCCCUGGGAAUGUUCUCAAUGUGAUAAAAGGUUUUCCAAUAAGUCCUCGUUGGAAACACACAUGAGAACGCACACCGGGGAGAAGCCUUUUGCCUGCUCAGUCUGCAACUUAGCUUUCAGUGCUCGCUCAGGAUUAAUUCAACACACAAAAACACACAAUGGGGAGCGUUCUUUUGUAUGUUCAGUUUGUGGUAAGGGAUUCCUUUUAAAAGAAAGUUUAAUCAGGCACACAAGAACACACACUGGAGAAAAACCUUUUGCAUGCUCAGUUUGUGGUCAAAGAUUCUCUCAAAGGGGCAAUUUAGGAACACACAUGAGAACACACACUGGGGAGAAUUCUUUUGCCUGCUCAGUUUGCGGUAAGGGUUUCUCUUUAAAGGAAAGUUUAAUACGGCACACAAGAACCCACACUGGAGAGAAACCGUUUGCCUGUUCAGUUUGUGGCCAAAGAUUCUCUCUUCGGGGUAACUUAAGAACACACUCAAGAACACACACUGAGGAGAAUUCCUUUGCCUGUUUAUUUUGUGGUAAAAGCUUCUCUUUAAAGGAAAGUUUAACACGGCACACAAGAACACACACUGGAGAAAAACCGUUUGCCUGUUCAGUUUGUGGUAAACGAUUUUCUCAAAGGGGAAACUUAAGAACACAUACAAAAACACACACUGAGGAGAAUUGUUUUGUCUGCUCAGUUUGCGGUAAGGGUUUCUCUCUAAAGGAAAGUUUAACAAGGCACACAAGAACACACACUGGGGAGAAACCUUUUGCCUGUUCAUUUUGUGGUCAAAAAUUCGCUCAAAGGGGAAACUUAGGCACACAUGUAAGAAAACACACUGGGGAGAAACCAUUUCUUUGCAGUGUACGUGCUGAAAGUUUUUCUUCUAGUAAGUAUGUUAAGACACACAAGUGUACUGUUGAGAAUAGCAGCGAUCAAUGAAGCUUUAAAUAAACUGUGAAAAAAAUGAUUCUUUGUGGUCAGAUGUAAAAAUGUAUAUUUAAUCUUGAGCAAAAUGAGCCAGUGGUUUUGAUGACAAUGUGAAAACAUUAAGCCAAAAAAAUCCAUAUGUGACUGAAACAUCAUGUGUCCUGUACUCCAUCUGUAGGAGUGAUUGAUACUUAAAUUAUUGCACUUGUGGU